CGGAAAUAGAAAGCGGCGUGACGUCACUGACCAGAAUCUUCGGGACUUUCCGAAUGGUGUCGCUAGACUGGUUCUGCCAGAAAACCACUCAACAGGCACCGUGCUCAUCUACUAAAAGAUAAAAAAUAUAUUUUAAUUAGGUUAUCCGUGUUCAAUCAUGGAAGCUUAGACGCCCAGAAAAGGGAUGCCCCAGAGGGGGGGAGGGGUUUGAGAACGCGUAUUCCCGGGUCUGUUUGUGUGAGGCUUUUUGUUUUCGUUGUAUUAAAGCUUCUCCUAGGCUUAGUUACACUUUCUCGCCAAAACUGUUCGCUCGCCCGUCCCGAUAAUGGAAAUCGGGCGUCCCGGCCACUUCCCCGGGUGUCUAAAAGCAACCGUCUAAGCGCUCGGGCUGUUUCUGCAAACACUUGUGACAGAAUGGGUCGCUCUCAGGAGCUCGGAGAACUGCGGCGUGCUUCUGUGAUGGGAACGCUCCCAGAUGUGCCCCAGUCAGCCGUCGCCGGUGCUGUAACAAGGUGAAAGUGACCCGGAAUGACAAGAAGUCGACUUUCUGCGGGGUCUGACCUGCAAACCUCAUGUGGACUUCAGAUUAGCUAGAAGUGUGCGUGGCGAGCUUCGUGGAACGGGCCUCCAUGGCGGUCCAGGCCGUACAUCACCAGGCGCGGAGCAAAGACACGGAUCAGAAAGUUUAGCGUCCAACACCAGCGUCUGACCUUACAGAUGGACUUCUGGAACCGUGGUCUUUGACGAGCUUGUAGACCGCCUUCCCACAUCAGUAGAAGCUGUUACAGCCGCAAAGGGCGGAUCAGCGUCAUAUUGACCCAUAUGGAUUAAGAACAGGAUGUUACUUAAGUUCAUACGGGAGUCAGGGCGGGGGAGUGAAUACUUUUAGUGUAGUUCGUCUGUGGUAGAGGUGAUAAACAGUAAUGCUGAUUCCUGUCGGUCUGACCGCGGGUCUGUCUGGUAGCGAUGACGUUCAGGGUGGGUUGGCCUCGUCCUUUUUACUGUUUUCAGACGGAUAGUUACUCCUUCAGGUGCCGAUGGAAAGAAGCCAGGUGUUAGGAGGACACAGCGCCGGGGAUUUCUGCUAGUCUUCUUUUCCUUUCCACCCUAGAGUCAUUUAAUUUCUUUAGCUCUCUUAGCAGUGUCGUUUUUUUGUCUGAAUGUAAGGUGUGGGUAUGUCUGAAUGAGUGAAGGACCUUGGAUUUUUCAAACCCCUCUCCCUCGUAGGGGACAUCUCUUUUUUUCCCUCCCUACUAUAUAAAAAAACAAAACAAAAAUGGAAACUCUUGUUCAGCUGAAAAACAACCAGUUUCUGAUGGGACUGUGUCGGAACGGGCCACCGCCCAACCUCCAGUACGACAACUCCUCAGAGCUCUAUCGCAUUUCCACCUUUGCCCGUUUCCCGGCCUCCCCCGUCACGGAGCGAAGCUUGGCCCGGGCCGGUUGGUUCUACACCGGCGUGGGCGAUCGGGUUCAGUGUUUCCGCUGCAACGUGACGGCCGAGGGCUGGCAGGCCGGCGACUGUCCCACGGAGAAGCACCGGCAGCUCUCGCCCUCCUGCUCCUUCAUCCAGAGCCUCCCCUCUACCACCAACCUGCUCUCCUCCUCCCACUCUGCUUUCUCCCCGCUCCGCAUCGCCCCGGCUCUACCGCUUCCCGGCCCGGCCGCUCCCAACCCAUCAGCAGGCCAGAGCGAGGAGGCCGUGGGCUUCCUGAACACGGCCUUCUCCGCCCUGCCGCCCUCCAGCCCCCUGACGUCUCGGGGCGUGGAGGACAUGUCCCACCAGAGACCGACGUGCCACAACCCAAGCAUGCGCCGAGAGCAGGACCGCCUGGACUCCUUUCACUCCUGGACGCUGUCCAUCAUCACCCCCACAGAGCUGGCCAGGGCCGGCUUCUACUACCUGGGACAGGGGGACAGGGUGGCCUGCUUCAGCUGCGGCGGACAGCUGAACAACUGGGAACCGGGGGACCGAGCCGUCUCCGAGCACCAGAGGCAUUAUCCAAACUGUCGUUUUGUCCGCGGGGACAGAGCCGAGAACGUGUCGCUGGCCGGCGCCGCCGCCACCGCGUCCUUGGCGACGACGUCCCAGGGGCCGGCCGGGGCCCCGGGCCUCACCAGCGUGUCCAACCCCUCCAUGCAGCAGAGCGACGAGAGGCUUCUCACCUUCGUCAACUGGCCGUCUCGCAUCCCGGUGCGGCCCGAGCAGCUGGCCAAGGCGGGCUUCUACUACGUGGGGAGAAACGACGACGUCAAAUGUUUCUGCUGUGAUGGAGGCCUGCGAUGCUGGGAAUCUGGAGACGAUCCAUGGGUGGAACAUGCAAAAUGGUUUCCCCGGUGUGAAUAUCUGCUUCAGGAGAAGGGACAGGACUUUGUUCACCAGAUCCAGGCUCGAUUCCCUCGCCUCUUUGAGCAGCUUUUAACCACAGGAGACAGCAGCUCCAGAGAGUUCGUGGAUCCACCCGUGGUGCACCUGGGUCCAGGUGAGGAGCGGUCCGAAGACGCCGUCAUGAUGAACACCCCCGUGAUCAAAUCGGCUCUGGAGAUGGGCUUCGACCGCAGCCUGGUCAAGCAGACGGUGCAGAGCAAGAUCCUGACCAGCGGAGAGAACUACAAGACGGUCCAGGAGCUGGUGUUAGAUCUGCUCAGCGCCGAGGACCAGAAGAGGGAGGAGGAGCGAGAGAUGAUGGCGGAGGCCAUGGCAUCAGAUGGUUUCACGUUUGUGAAGCGGCACCAAGCAGCCCUGGCCCAGCGUCUGAAGAGCGUGGAGCCGGUGCUGGAGCAUUUAAGAGAGCAAAAUGUGUUGACUGCUGAGGAUUACAGCGGCCUCAUGGCUCAGACUUCAGCCCAGCAGCAGACGGCCAGGCUGAUAGAGGUGGUCCUCACCAAAGGAAACGCCGCCGCCGAGGUUUUCCGCAACUGGAUCCAGAAAAACGACGUCCAUCUACUCAGAGACCUCAUGGCUCAGUCAAAUGAAGCUUCUUCACCAAGCCAAGAUCUAUCAGACCUACCAAUGGAGGAACAGCUGCGGCGCCUGCAGGAGGAGCGGACCUGUAAGGUCUGCAUGGACAAAGAGGUCAACAUCGUCUUCAUCCCCUGUGGACACCUGGUGGUGUGCAAGGAGUGCGCGCCAUCGCUGCGCAAGUGUCCCAUCUGCAGAGGCCUGGUCAAAGGCACCGUUAGAACGUUCCUGUCGUAACGUGGGGCCUUUCUGAUAGUUGCACUAAAAUGUUUUCCCCAAGACUUCAAAGCAUCAGUUUAACAAGUUCAAAGGUUUUUUUUUAUACAUAGUACUCCUACUUAUCAGAUUUAUCUGAAGCUUAUUGCACUGAGUUAUAAUUAAAAGCUCCUUCAGAGUUGCUUUCAGAAUCCAAACACUAUUGAGUUGACAUCUGUGAUCAUUAAACCAAUAAAACACUUUCACACACGUAA